GAGGGCCCGGCUGCCGUCAUGGUGCAGCUCGGCAGCCGCCUCCUGAAGAGCUACCGCGGCGGGCACGUCGUGAUCCGCUUCGCUCUCGGAGGCUGCGCCAACCGGCCCUUCUUCCGCAUCGUGGCAGCGCACAGCCGGCGCGCCCGCGACGGGAAGUACCUGGAGCAGCUGGGCUGCCUCGACCCGCUGCCCAACGCCCACGGCGAGAGGGUGGCGGGGCUCAACCUGGAGCGGCUGCGCCACUGGCUGGGCUGCGGCGCGCAGCUCUCCCGGCCCGCGGAGAAGCUCCUGGGUAGGCCCGGGCAAUGGCGUGAGUACUGCCAGCUUCCGUUUGCCUGCUGCGCUCGUGAAGUGUUUUGA